UUGGCUUUGUUCUUACGGACUAAAUUGGAUUUAAUGUGCAUUCUGAGGUUUGCUAGGCUGUUUGAGAUGAGUACCAAUAUGGUAACUAUCGACAUGAUCCUUUCCAGAUGAAUACUUCGUACCAUCGAGCGGGGUCUAAGAACUAGUCCGGCCGUAUGAUACGAUAAUAGCUGCCUACAGUCCCUCUCGCUUCCCUCAAAGCGACACUACCUACCUGUCUGCAUACAUAUCGAACAAGACAGACCUAGCAUUUCAAACGGUGCUCAAAACUGACAAAUAUCAAGUUAGAGUUAACAAACACCAUCCAAGAUGAAAGCAGCCUUGAUCGUUGUCGACAUGCAAGAGGACUUCUGCCCUCCGAACGGCUCCCUCGCCGUCAACGAAGCCCGCACCCUCGCCCCAACAAUCAACACCCUCCUCUCCAACCCAGGCUUCACCCUGCGCAUCGCAUCCCAAGACAGCCACCCGCCAAACCACAUCUCCUUCGCCCCGAACCAUCCCCCGCCGAACAACCUCCCCUUCGAGCACUUUAUCGAGAUGAGCAAUCCCGCAGCAGGCAAAGAAACCGAAACCAAGCCCCAACGACUCUGGCCCAUCCACUGCGUAGAGGGCACCAAGGGUGCGGAAAUCAUCCCGGAAAUCGACACCAAGAACAUCGACCUCUACGUGCGAAAGGGCAUGGAUGCGCGGGUGGAAAUGUACUCGGCGUUUGCGGAUGCGUUUGGGAAUCUCGAUGCGGAGGUGAAUCGGUCGUCGGUGGAUGUGCAUUUGAAGGGGGCGUUGGAGGAAAAGGGCAUUACGGAUGUGUUUUGUGUGGGUGUUGCGGGGGAUUAUUGUGUUAAGUGCACGGCGAUUGAUGCUGCGAGGGCUGGGCUGAGGAGUUAUCUUGUUGAGGAUGCGGUUAGGUGUGUUGAUCCGGGGUUGGGGUGGGAGGAGGCGAAGAGGGAGUUGAGGGAGGCCGGGGUGCUGGUUGUUAGGUCGGAUGGGCCGGAGGUUAGGGGGUUGAGUGGGGUGGUGUAGGGGUUGUUGUUAGUUGGAUGAUUAUAUGUAUAUGUGUCUAUGGGAUGUGAUGGUGGUUGUGAGAUGGGUGGCAUGCUUGACGUGCAUACUGUAUGUAUGUUGGUGUGCUUGUGCAGGUGUAUACUUGGGAGUGAGCGUCUACGGCAACUCUGUAUGGAGUAAGGACUGAGCUAUAGAUAGAUCAAGAUAUGCCAAGUAGAACUACUAUUAAUGAUCUAGUGGAUCUAG